CGAACCCGGCCUCUCAGACUUUUAAAAGCAGGUCCAGCUCCCCGCCGACAGGGACUCCGUCGCUUCCGAGCCAGCUGUGGUAGCCAAACUGAGGAAAUCCAAUUCGUCUGCGGGUAGUUCGCUGCAUGCAGGUCCCUGCAGGUCCGCUUUCCCAGCUGAGGAAUUAUCUGUAGAAUAGUAAGUAUGCUAAUAUUCAGGAAGACAGCAGGUGUUUUUGCCAAACCACCAAAGAGGAACGUGUAUGGGUUUUUGAGAAGUCUUCACGUUUCUCCUGGAGUACUUUCUCCUCCUAAGCUCGUCCUGGGGAUCGAAACCAGCUGUGACGACACAGCCGCCGCCGUGGUGGAUGAAACUGGACGCGUUUGGGGAGAAGCCAUGCAUUCCCAGACCGAAGUGCAUUUGAAAACAGGCGGAAUUGUCCCUCCAGUAGCUCAACAGCUUCACAGAGAAAAUAUUGAGCGAAUAGUAGAAGAAGCUCUUUCUGCCAGCAGAGUCUCGCCACGUGACCUCUCUGCCAUCGCAACCACCGUCAAACCAGGACUGGCUCUAAGCCUGGGCGUAGGCUUAUCAUUCAGCCUACAGCUAGUAAACCAGUUUAAAAAGCCCUUCAUUCCUAUCCACCACAUGGAGGCUCAUGCGCUUACCAUCAGACUGACCAACCAAGUAGAAUUUCCUUUUCUAGUUCUUUUGAUUUCUGGAGGUCACUGCCUGUUGGCCUUAGUCCGCGGAGUUUCAGAUUUCCUGCUUCUUGGGAAGUCUUUGGACAUAGCGCCAGGUGACAUGCUUGACAAGGUGGCAAGAAGACUUUCUUUAAUCAAUCGUCCAGAAUAUUCUACGAUGAGCGGUGGGAAGGCUAUAGAACAUUUGGCCAAAGAAGGAGAUAGAUUCCAUUUUACCCUCAGUCCUCCCAUGCAGAAUGCUAAGAACUGCAAUUUUUCUUUUACGGGACUUCAGCAUGUUAUCGAUAAGCUAAUCGAAAGGAAGGAGAAGGAAGAAGGCAUUGAGAAGGGGCAAAUCCUGUCUUCCGCCGCAGACAUCGCCGCUGCGGUGCAGCACGUGACCGCAUGCCACCUUGCCACUAGAACGCAGCGCGCUAUUCUGUUUUGCAAGCAGAGAGGGUUGUUACCGCCAGCGAACGCAGUAUUAGUUGUGUCUGGAGGUGUUGCAAGUAACUCGUAUAUCCGAAAAGCGCUGGAAAUUGUAGCAAAUGCAACGCAAUGCACUUCGCUGUGCCCUCCGCCAAGACUGUGCACGGAUAAUGGCGUUAUGAUUGCGUGGAAUGGGAUUGAAAGAUUGCGUGCCGGCUUGGGCAUUUUAUAUGACGUAAAAAACUUCCGGUAUGAACCAAAAUGUCCUCUUGGAGUAGACAUAUCCCAAGAAGUCGCAGAAGCUGCCAUAAAAGUCCCACAGUUAAAAAUGACAAUUUGAUUUGUGAUUUUUAAAGGUCUUUACAGAUCUGGGUGACAGAAAACGAACCAUCAGUUGCUACCUACAGUUGGCGCCCAACACGGGGCACGAACCCACGAUCCUGGGUAGGGAAAUGAGUGAGUAGUCUCUCUUUACAGAAGUGGACAUGAAUCACGUUCCCUAACCAACAAACUGUCUCCAACUGAUAAUCCACUUGCAAAGGAAAGAUGAUUUUUCUCCAGUGGAGGUGACUGGGCAGGGAAGAUCUGAGAGGAGUGUGGAGAGGAGAAACCACUAGACUAUUUUAUUAAAAUUUAUUUCAACAAAAUAUAUUUUCUUAAAGUUGGCAGUGAUUCUUCAGGAGAAAUACUGUUGUCAGGAUAAUCUGGCUAGUUUCUCAGAAAGUAUCUGUGAUUGUAUACAAAAUAUCUUGAGCCCACCUGAAGCUACCUCAAGGCUUGGUUGUUCGUGAUCAGAGGCUUAAUAAUAAACUUUAAUAAACUUCAAGAGUUACCCUUAAUGAC